AUGGUUUGCCAAGCUCCGUGUGGAGAUAGCAGGUGGUCUUCUGGAUACUCGGAUGGAUUGCAUUCCUUCAUUUUUAUGAAAUAUUCCGACUUCUACGAAAAUCACAUCGUCGGGGGGACUUGGUUGGACCUUGCGGAAAGCCUGCUAAGGCAACAUCCAGAGUCUGUGCAAGUGGCUAGGAGUGUUCGCUACUUGGUUCGGGUAGAUUCUCCUCGACGGUUUGCGCACUACGAGUACAGCUUCGUUGCUUUUGCCAGUGGCCACCUUGAAGGCCAGAUUGCGAAACCCAAGGUGACCCAGAUGUCAAGUCUGGCGACUGCUGUGAUCCCAAAACAUAAAGCAGACGAGCGAUGUGUGCAAUUUGUGUGCCGGCUGAAUGCUUUGGGUCGAGUGCUGGCUGAUUGCUGCUUGUCUUCUGCAUGCAUUAAUGUGUCCGCGUGCAAGCAUGAAGUUCGGAGGACGGAGUGCUUAGUGAUUCGAACCGGUUCGUUAUAUGGUCCGAAUGGAACCGUCGACUUGGCAGCAGCCGUGCGAGCUGUGCUUCGCAAGCCAGUGACCAAGGAUCUACCUUCCAAGCUGCAGAACAAGUUCAAGAUGAAACAUGCGACUGUGUGCACAAGCCCGUCUUCCGUGACUGACCAGUUCAACUGGGCUAGCAGGUUCAUCAAUGUGGCGAUGAAGACUUGGGGACGCGACAUGGUCCUGACUCGGCUGCAGAGUCUAGUAAAGGAGCACGCGCAGAUCGUCCUGCAGAGAUGGCAGAAGUCUCAAUCGGCCUCGCUGGACCUCCGCUCGGCUGUGGACUUCGACCGCCGAGACCUGGUGAUUUUCGAGAACACGCCUGGUUAUGAUGUCCAGCUGCUUCAGGAUGAGCUGGGUGAUUUGUAUGAAAUCCACAGCACUUUGCUGAAGCCGGUCGAGAUUGGAUUCGCUGCAUCGAGGAACCGUGUUUGGUGUAUUCUUUGCCUUCGCUCGUCUUGUCGUUGGACAAGUGAGAAAUCGCUAGCAGAGCUGGUGAAGGUUUUUCACUGUGUGCCAACAAUGAAGGCCGAAGACUUCUUUCACGAUGGAGCGAACUCCCCAGCUAUGACCCUUAGCGACAUGAAGGUUGCCAAGUCGUACAAGCGCUUCUUCAAGGAGUCCAAGCAGGUUUUCGAUCUGAGUCAGCGAGCUGCGCAAUUCUUUCGAACGGAGCUCAAGGAAGGGCAUCUCAUGACUAUGAAAACGAACACAAAGCUUUACUGCAGUUCGGCCGACCGUCUGAUGUCUUCGGCAGAGAUGUGUGCUGCAAUGGUUUUGCCCAGCAGCAAAGCUCAAGCAACUAGGACCUAUGACCUCGAGAACGACGAGCACCCGUGCCAGCUCGUCCACAAGUAUGUUGGCGGGGCCCAGGAGACUUUCGAGAACUUCGGGGAGAAUGCGAUGCAGAUCAACAAGUACUUCUUUCCGAAGAAAGAUGGCAAAGUGGACAUCCCUUUGUUUGCUUUCAGGUUCACAAAGCCCACUGAGGGGUGGCCGCCCAAGGUCAACAUGGAUAAGUUCGCAGAAUCCAUCUUUCAUGGGUUUGAAAAGGACAGGGAGCCCCUGGAGAUUCAGCUGACGGCUGGCUUGUCGCCUGGUGAGCCUCUUUUUCAGGGGUGUGUAGGCGUCUCCAAGGGCUUCUUGCGAGUCUCCAUCAUCCUCUACGGCAUCGUGCAAACGAUCAUGAGGGAGGCAUCCCUCCGGGAGAAAAAAAACCUCCUCCAGACGGCCCUGAAGUUCCAGGAGCGGGCUGUGACCCUCAUGGAAGAAAACUUGGGAUGGAGCCUCGAGCACGCCCUCAACGAAGCCAUCGCCGAGUUCAACUCCUACGGUCUCGCAGCACAAAGUGCUCAGUACCGGCUCGCGGAACGAGAGGGGUUUGCUUUGAAGGCUUUGAUCUUCGGAGUCUCAGCAGGCGCCCAGCAGAUGAUGUCCCGCCACUUGCAAGUGAACACUUGGGCGAACUCAGCCUUUUCGGUGGAAACCAUCCGGAACCAGAGAUGGCUGAUUGGCUCAGCCGGAAGAUCCCCGAACCCCUGGUGGCAAGCAGUUGAUACAGUGUCUGCUGCAAAGCAAGAACUGUUCUUGGAACGGUUGUUGUUCUCUUUCUCUGUGCGGAAGAAGCAAUGCCGAAAUGCUAGCACAGCCAGAAUCACUGGUGAAGCCUGGGAACAGUUGCUGGAAACCUCCUGCCUGCUCCACCAGAUCUUGGAGGAGAUGUCGUCGGCGAAGACUGCAGAGGGCGGUGGGCUCUUCCUGGAGGAGGACCUCGUGAAAGCGAGACGCCGUGGCAUCGAGGGGGACUACAACACCGAGCUGCAGAACCUCGUCACUGCGAAGAUGGCCGUUGUGGUGACCGACACAGCCCUCUGGAAGGACCAUCUGCCAACCCGGGUCAGCUCCGGGCACGGCAGCACGGGAGCCUCGGCAAUUCAGGCGUUGGACUUGGAAUGCGUUCAGAAGGCUUUUGCUGCAGACCUGCUCAAGCUGAGCGAGGAUCAGUCCUUUUUCUCGGAGUACCAACAGAAGUUGGGGGCGGGGCAAAGGCAAAAGGCUUUGGCGAAGGUUUUACGAUUGAAGUCGGAGAACCGCAGAGGGUCCCAGCAAGUCGUGGACUGGAUGGACCGAAAUGCCAAGCAUUGCGCCACCUCCUACGCAGAGCAGCAUGUGAACGUCAUCGAGUUCAUUCGCGAAACCGAUGCUGCUGCGACUAUCGUGUGGGUGGACUACACGAAAUGCGGGGCUCUCCAGCAAGAUGAGCUGGAUGAUUCUAUGGAGGAGGUCAGACGCAUUCUGGCCACGUUUCCAAACAAGGGCGCCGCCGUCGUGAUAGCUCCAGCACUCACAAGUGCCAGGGUUGUUGCUGGAAAGAGGGGGGAAAUGAGGCGCAUCGAAGACAAAAUGGACGCAAAAUCCUUGAUCUCCGUUCGGUUUUCGAUACGUAUGGAUGCCAACGGGCACGGAAACAGGCGACUCCCGCUUCUCUUCCCCGCGCUCUUUGCAUGCAGCGAUGGUGCCACAAAGAACGUCUUUGCCGGCAGCAAGAUGCUUGUGUGCACUGCGAAGGAUGUCUCGUGGCUUCCAGUCCGAGAGUACAAAGUCCCCCGAACACGAAACGCCACCCCGUGCACGACGGAGAACAUGGAAAGGAGUCUCAGCGACGCCCAGAUGGCGGCCCAAUACCUUGGAGGUAUCGGAGUGCCCCGUGAGGACUGGAAGUCAGGAAACCAUCCCAUGGGCAACGUCGAGGCCUACAAUCCUGAUUUUCUACCAGAAGAAGGCGGCGCACUCCAACCCCCGACGCUGCAUGUGUGCCAGAUGGUGACAUUGGAGGAUGGCAGCAACACUUUGGCAGUCAACACAGAGUUUCGUCAGAAAUGGAGUGAUGAUCCGACACGCAAAGAUGAAUGGGCCCGGGAGCUCGCUGCCUUCGACACCAGGUUCGGAGUUCAUGUGCUUGGCGAGCCACCGCGGCCGCCUGUGCCAGCCGCUGCCAGCGAAGCCGCAGCAGCCCAUGUCACUGUGUGGGAAGAAGAGCCCACCUCGGGAACCGAUUUGGAGGCCCGCUACGAGAUCGUGCUGAGUUGCCCAGGAAGAUCGGCUUCUACGCAAUUGCGUGUGUGCAAAGCAUUGGAGAAGAACGAAACUGCGGCCAAGAACGUGCAGCCUGAGCAGCUCUACAAGCUGUUCGUGGCGAUUGACUAA